AUGCCGGGACUUGCCGAAACGCAAAGGAAGCAGCUCGAGCUCCGCCGGCGAUGUCUCGAACAACAGGCCCAACUCCGCUCGAAAUUUCUGCAGCCGCCACAGGAUCAUAACAACCCGUCUGCGCCUAUAUCAUCUUGCCGCUCCGGAGCAUUUUCCAUCGCCGACCGCUUAGGACUUACACACCAAAGAGCCGACAGUAGUACUAGCGUUCGUACCAACGCUGCUGCUUUGGUCCAGCGAACCUAUCGGGACUCCCGUGCCCAUCGUCAGCUCAGAGGCCUGUCUGGGCUUGGACCCUUCUACGACAUGGAAGCACGCAGUCCGUGA